CCCUCCAUAACAUAUCUCUAAUUUCUUCGUUUCAUUUGUAACCAUAUCGUCGUAUAACCACAGAUUCUAAAACAUGGGUGAAGAAGUAAAACCAGAGGCAAAGGAGGCAGUCUCUGCUCCAGAGGCCGUCCCCGCGGAGGAGAAGGAGAAGAAGAAAGAUGUGGCGGAGGAGAAGAAAGUGGCGGCUGAGGAGGAGAAACCAACGGAGGAGGAGGAGCCGCAACCACCACCACCGCCUCCACCCUUCAUACUCUACGUCGACUUGCAUUGUGUUGGAUGUGCUAAGAAGAUUGAAAGAUCUAUUCUAAAAAUUAGAGGUGUGGAAGAAGUGGUGAUGGAUAUGAAUGAGAACCAAGUGACGAUAAAAGGAGUGUUGGAUCCGCAAGCAGUGUGCAACAAAAUCAAGAAGAAGACUAAAAGAAUGGCCAAAGUCCUCUCUCCGCUUCCGGCAGCCGAGGGAGAGCCUCUGCCACCGAUCAUAACCUCUCAGGUCUCCGGCGGUCUCACCACCGUCGAGCUUAACGUCAACAUGCACUGCGAAGCUUGUGCUGACCAGCUCAAGAAGAAGAUUCUCAAAAUGAGAGGGGUCCAAACCACUGUGACGGAGCACACCACUGGAAAAGUAAUAGUGACUGGAACAAUGGACGCUGAGAAGCUUGUGGAUUACGUCUACCGUCGGACCAAAAAGCAAGCCCGAAUCGUACCCCAACCUGACCCGGAACCUGAAAAUCCGGCCGCGGAGGAAGAGAAGAAGGAGGAGAAUGGUGAUGGCGAUGAAAAACCGCCAGAAACCGGAGAUGAUAAGGAAGAAGAGAAGAAGAAGGAAGGAGAAGGAAAUCAAGAGGAAGGUGGUGGAGAAGACGCGGCGGAUACGGAGGAAGAGAGAAGAGACGAUGAAAUGGCGGCGAUGGCGGAAGUGGAAGGGAUGAAGAGGAUGAUGUAUUACUAUCAGCCUUCAUACGUCAUAGAGAGGAUUCCUCCGCCGCAGCUUUUUAGCGAUGAGAACCCUAAUGCAUGUUGCAUUUCUUAAUUAAUUUGGUUUUCGUAUAUGUCUUUGGAAAAUAUAUAAUUAGAGGAAUU